AUGAGCUUCUGUUACCAAGAUUUUGAGGUACAUAAACAACGAACUUGUUCACAGCAGAUACGCCGCUCAGCUACGCCAAUAACCACCAUAGUAAUCGACAUCCAAUGCAUUGUCGAUUCCAAGGUCUUCCGGUAUGUCCUCGCUAUCGCCAUUUUCGUAACUACAAUGACAGCAAGUCCAGUCAUCUCGGUGAGGAACCGUACUGCACGGAUUAUACAUCCCUCCCCUUCUGUCGUAGUACCAGUAACUAUUGUUCUCGUUAUAGUCGCCGUAGUCGUAGGAAUCGUCGUGGCUGCUCAUUUUGAUUUUUUUCAGAAGCAGAGGAUAAAGCGAGGAAUUGAGUUUCAGGUUGAGGAAUUUGAAAAGCUCAGUGAAUUUUAUCGUGGGCCAUGGUACCUCCAAAGAAGAACCGAGAACCAUUACACGACCUGGAAGUCCGUUUCCCCCAUCUUCGACGUGGCCUUCGCAACAAUCCAGCUAUCUCCAAAGUUUCAGAUAAGCCUUCCAAUAUUCACUCUGAGACAGCGUAUUCGAAUGAAUCGUAUCCUCCCCAAUAUCCUCUUCAUCGUCAACGAGACAGUCAGUGUCCGCAUUCUCAGCAGCGUAUGCCCCACAGUUGCAGCAUUUGAAGCCACCCCAGUAGCAAGUGAAACUACGUCACAUGACCUCCUGAGACCAGGCCUUACACCUUCGCUCAAUUCACCUACUCCAUGCCCUCUAUCAUCUAUCAGCUCUAACCGUGCGAUAUUAGUUCGUGCCCAUGCAAGGGUUUUGGAGACACAUCUUCUCCAGAGGGGUGACCAAUUGCCGCGGAAGAGGCUGGUAGUCAGAAGACCGGGGUACAAAUUAAGUGAAGGCCGUCUCCUGCGGCUGACAAAGAACUGCCUUCAACGUUUAAGUGUUGAAGAAAUAGCUCUGCAAGGGGUGGGAGCGAUGUACCUUCAUGGAGAGAAGGAAGUAGUCGAGGGGUGCCGCAAACUCGGCGAUGGCCAAGACCGCACGAGCGCAUAUCUUGCGGAAGGGUCAGAAGGUACAUCCGAAGUCGAGACUGAAAUUUUGAUAAGAGAAGCAUGGGAAAUUGUCUUUAUCCCUGGUAAACUCUUCCAGCCGCACUUAUUCCAACCAUCUCUCGCAAUUAUUCUCAAGUCGUUCAUAUCAAAAUUCCAUCUACCUCGACAUCGUAAUGCUAUUGGAAAAUGGGUCGAUGGCGAAGAUGAAGAGUUCAGAAUAUGCACUGGGAUGGGGUCCAUUCCAACACUAGUAAUUGUAGACGGAGCUUUUGAGCUUGCUACCUUUCUGGUUGUAAUGGCUAAAGUCUCCGCUGAGUGUGGGAGAGUGGCUAGGUACGAGGGUUUAGUCUUGUGA